AUGACAACAACUUUCAAUCCAUCAGUAUUAGUAGUAUGGGGAUUAUCACCUUUAAUAACACGACAUGAUGAAAUUCAAAACAAAGAUGAUCAACAAUCUCUAAUACGUUAUUUGCUUGCAACCAACACAACCAAUACGACUCUUUCUUCAUCAUCCAUUCCGAAUCCCUAUUUACAAUAUGUUUCAAUAAUCCCGAUUGCUUUGAUGGGAAUUUUUGGUUUUUUAAUAUGUUCUCUAUCGUUGUUAUCGGUCGUUGUGUAUUGUGCCAAAGAAUAUAGAAAACGAAAUCGCAGAGAGAGUUCCAUGAAUGCUGAUCCUCAUCAUUCUUCAAAUUUUACAUCACUGAGCAAAAACCUCGUUACUCCAGCAGCAGUAAUGGAGGAGGAUGAGGAAAAUAGAAUGGAUUAUGGAAAUUCGGCGGAGCUUUAUACGAGAAGACCUCAGCGAUUGAAUAGAGAUUAUGAUAGUGAUGAAGAGCAGGCACGAUGA